GACGAGRGUAGUCGCAAAAAUGGUGAACUACGACUUUAAUAAAACUCUUUCCACUGAAAAACUGGUGCACCAAGUUGACGAAAACCCAGUAUCGUGUUUCAAAAUGCUUAAAAGUCUAGUGGUGAGUCUCCURCUCGCAGGCAACGUCAUCUACGUGCAAUACCUCCUGUUUUACCACGACGAAAUCAACUGGAGUUACCCCGAUUCGGCAUACCUAACAACCCUCGUGAUUUAUUUCCUCGUCGCUGCCACAAACACAACAUUCAGCAUCCGAAUCCACAAAAUGAGUGAAUAUUCCAAUGACAAUUGCAAUUUUAUCACAAAACUGAUAGUGAGUGGAGUGCUAAUCGCAAUUCAUGUUUACUUCUCCGUUUUCAUGAAUGCUACUCUUCAAAAAAGUGGKCAAAACCCAAGGAGUGGCUUCGAUAAAGUUGUGACAAUUCUAGUCGCGGUGGUGUURCUAUUUCUCCAAAUUACGUCAUUUCUGAACCACGUUUCAGUGGCUCAAUAUGCCAUCCAGUGCAAAUUUGCUACAAGUGACUUUAAGAGAAAAAUUUUUUACUAUCUUAUGGUUAAUGCAGAAGCUGAUGCUGAUCUAAUCAGCACUCUGGAUUGCUACCUACGAGCUGCACCUCAACUUAUAGUCCAGUGUGCUACAAUCGUCCACAAUCAAUGGAGUUUUGACCAAAUCCCAACCCUUCAAAUAUUUUUUAUUUUCACCGCUUUUGCAAUAAUGCCCUGGUCCAUCACCUCGUUUCAAGGGUCGAUUAGAAAGCAAAAACGCACAAAAAUGUCAACAAAAGCCAAAAUCUUUUACUUCAUUUGGCAUUUUUUCGUCAUUGGUCAGUCUGUAACGCAACAUUUACUUUUUUUUUCAUUUUUUUACGUUUCAGGGUCCCGCAUUGCCAGUGUUGCCGCUGUUGCGGCUUUCUGGCCAACCCAGACCAAAAUCCUCACUGUGAUCCAUUGGGCUGUGAUGACCACGUGGCUCCUAAUCACGAUUAAACCAACCCAAUUUUACAACUUUAGCAAUUUUUGGCAUUUUCUCUUUUGUUCAGUUUUCGGAGCUGUGUAUUUUUUUAAUCCAGUGAAUCUCGGAAAUCAAUCAACACGAGCCAAAUACUCUUGUUUUUAUCUCAUUAUGUUUGUGGAAAAUCUCGUUGCUAAUGUUGGUUGGUUUGUUGAAGACAGUGAACUUACUCUUGUUUGGAAAAUCGCGUUUGUUGCUUUUAAUCAGUUCAUUUUUGGGGCUGGGAUUGGUUUUAUGGUAAUUUAUUACGUGAAAUUCCACCCUAGAAAUUCCAAUGAUAGUACAAACGAGGGUGAGUUUCACAAUGAAACUCAGGAGACUGCAGUUUAAAAUGUGAUGUAGAAUAGGUAACAAUUGUGUUCAAUAUUCAAUGCUCACUUAAUUUUAAUUACUGCUGUGCCAUUACUAACAUCACAAAUAAUGUGAUAAAUAUCGUUGGUGWUGUUACCUGUUGCUAUUUUUAAUAAGUAAUUUAUAUAACUUAUUUCCAGUUGAAAUUAUAAAAAUUAGAUUUUUUAUAGUUAUGUUCUUUAAAAGUAUAUCAAAUAUUAGGUACUAGAUUUUUUAUUUUUAUAUUAUGACAAUGGAUUGUGAAAGGUUUGACUUCAAAUAU